GCUCUCCGGUUCCUGCCCGCCGGGAUGGAUCUCGACCAGAUGGUCGACGACGAGAGGAAGAACAUCAAUUCGGUCAAGUCUCUCGUGGUAGAUUUGAAGGAGACCGUCGCGCUCGUCACUUGGAGCCGCCCCCCGGAGCCGCAGCGCAGCUGCCAGACCGACACGUCCGACCACGUCUGCAAUUUCAGGCAGGAUGUCCUGGACAAAAUGGGCGCUGUGAAAGGCAAGUUCGAGGCCCUGAUGUCCAAGGCGCCCCAGCGCCUGCUCAUCAUGCACAAGGAUGAGAUUAACUUUGUCAGAGGUGCGCUCUCGGAGGCCACGGCGCUCGUCAUCGAGAAAUCCCACAAGCGCUACUCCAACAUGCUCGACAUGAUAAUGUUCCUGUGCGCGCGGAGAAGCCUCGAUGACGCCUUGCAAGUGGCGCAGCGUCUGGAGACGGUGGUGAAAGAGCCUUUCGAGCUUGCUUUCAAGACCUUCAUGGACGCGGACUCCAUUGUACUGAUGGAGACCUUUCGGAAGGAGCUGCACUCCGUGGUGCCAUCGCUCAUCUCGGGCAUCCGCGCAAUGAUCAAGGACUCGCACUGUUUCGUGGAGUGCACGGAGGUGAGGGCCUUCUUCGAUGCGACGCUCACGACCAGCGACCCCCCGUUCAAGAGUGAGGAGGGGGCCCUGUCACUGGAAGUGCCCAGUUGGAAGACAGGGCUCGCGUCGCUGCUACAGGUCCUGCAAGUUCGUUGCCUCCGCUUCCUGGAGAUGCUCCCGUCUGAGAUUCGCUGGUGUGCUGCGCGGCUCGCGCGCUCCAUGGAUGCCGAGUCGUGUCGCAAUGAGCUCACGGUGCUCCGGAACACCUCGCUGGCUGUCUACGUGGACGAGGGUCUUGAGAACAUGGUUGAUGGCGUCAACAGCGUGUUGCAUUACAGGCCAUGCUUCCAGACGGCAUCGUGGUGGAUUUCUGAACAGAGUCGCGCACCCGAGCCCAGCAUGGGCCAUACUACCUCCCACGGAGAGCGCGGCAAUGAUGCCGCCCCUGGCAGUGGCACCGCGACCCCGCCAUGCACGCUGCCGCAUCCAGGCGCCGACGAGAUCGAGAUCCUCAACGUGUCCCUGUCCGGAGGAUCCAGCGCCAGCGGGGGCCGCGGCGAGCUGAUGCACCAGGGGGCGCCGGCGGCCCAGGCAGAGGCCAGCGCCAGCGGAGGCCGCGGCGACGUGGUGGAGCCAGCCCCGACAUCCCCAGCGGAUGCGGCCGCAGUCUCAGUGACGCUGGGGGCCCCGGCUGCGGCGGGCAACCUCUCUCUUGCCAGCGUGGAGGCUGCCGCGGAGGCCCCGGUGGCCGCGGAGACGACGGCGCCGGGCGGCGCUCCGCCGCCGCUGCCGCAGACGGCGCCUCAGCCGGAGGCGGUCAGAGCAGCCAGCGGUUGCGACGCAGCUGCAGCGGAGGCAGAGGCCGCCACGGCGGGGGAGGCAACGGGCGCCGCGGCCGCGGCGACCGCGCCGGCGGCGCGCGCCUCCGAGGCGCUUAGCAGCGGCGCAGGCGCCACAGCGGAGGAGGGGGCGGAGGCAACGGCCGCCGUGGCCGCGGCGUCCACGCGGGCUGCAUCAGCCGAGGCGCUCAGCAGCGGCGCAGGCAGCGCGGCUGCAUCAGCCGAGGCGCUCAGCAGGGGCGCAGGCAGUGCGGCGGUGGAG